AUGAUCUCUCAACCGCCUCGUCCCCAACUACGACUGCGCCGACCGGCUGCAUAUACAAUAAUCUACCACCUCCGGGACUCGCCAAGGUUUUGUUCCGUCUUUUGCAGAGGACUGGGAAUAGCAUUGGAAAAGAUUCAGCACCACUUUUCGCGUGCAAGCGGCUUGAAUUUUUUUGCUCGUGUUAUUAGGCUGUCAUUCUACAAAUUUUAUCCAUAA